AUGGAAGUCGAAGCCGCACCACCGCGCCGGCGGCCCUCCCACCAUGAAGCCACCGCCACGCAAGACACCGCCGUGCUCGAGCAGCUCGGGCACAAGCAGGAGCUGAAGCGCAACUUCUCCAUGCUCUCCAUGCUGGGCCUCGCCUUCGCCAUCCUCAACACGUGGACCGCGCUGGCCGCCUCCAUCACGCUCGCGCUGCCCUCGGGCGGCUCGAGCGCCGUCGUCUGGGGCCUGCUCGUCGCCGGCGUGCUCAACCUGUGCCUGGCCGCGUCCCUCGGCGAGUUCCUCUCGGCAUACCCGACCGCCGGCGGGCAGUACCACUGGGUGGCCAUCGUCGCGUGGCGCCGCUGGGCGCGCGGCCUGAGCUACGCGACCGGCUGGGUCAACGUCUCGGGCUGGAUCGCGCUGACGGCGACGACGGGCCUGCUGGGCAGCACCUUUGUGGUCAACAUCAUCUCGCUGCUGCACCCGGCGUACGAGCCGAAGCCCUGGCACCAGUUUUUGAUCUACAUCGGGUUCACGCUGGCGGCGCUGGUGAUCAACGCCUUCCUGACGCGCAUCCUGCCGAUGGUGACGCAGGCCGGCUUCCUGUGGUCGCUGGCGGGCUUCGUGGUCAUCAGCAUCACCAUCCUGGCCUGCUCGGCGGGCGACUACCAGAGCGGCGAGUUCGUCUUUGCCCAGUUCACGAACGAGGUCGGCUGGCCCGACGGUGUAGCUUGGAUGCUUGGGCUGUUGCAGGGUGCCUUUGCGCUGACUGGAUUCGACGCUACCGCCCACAUGAUUGAGGAGAUCCCAGACCCUCAGCGCCAGGGCCCCAAGAUCAUGCUCUACUGCAUCGGUAUCGGCAUGUUCACCGGAUUCAUCUUCCUCACCUGCCUGCUCCUCGUCACCAAGGAUAUUGACGCCGUCAUCAAGGCGCCCUGGGGUCCCCUGCUGCAAGUCUUCAUGGAUGCCACCAGCAACAAGGCGGGCAGCGUGUGCCUGCUCCUCUUUCCCAUCGUCUGCAUGCUCUUCACGGCCAUCACCAUCAUGUGUACGAGCAGCCGCAUGAGCUACGCCUUUGCCCGCGACCGCGGCAUGCCCUUCUCCAGCGUCUUCGCCAAGGUGCACCCCACGCUCGACGUGCCGCUGAACGCGCUCAUCUGGACCGCGGCGUGGGUGAUCAUCUUCGGGUGCAUCUUUUUGGGGUCCAGCAGUACUUUUAAUGCCAUCACCUCAGCUUCCGUCGUGGCCCUGGGUGUCACCUAUGCCAUCCCCCCGGCCAUCAAUGUUCUUCGAGGACGUCGCAUGCUGCCCGAGAACCGCCCGUUCAAGAUUCCUGAACCUUUUGGCUGGAUACUGAACAUUAUUGGCAUUCUCUGGUCUAUUCUCACGACCGUCCUCUUUGUUUUCCCCCCCGAGCUUCCCGUUACCGGCAGCAACAUGAACUACGCCAUUGCCGCGUUUGGCGUCAUCCUCCUGAUCGCUGGAGGAACGUGGAUCUUUGACGGUCGCAAGAACUAUCACGGGCCCCAGGUCAACGUCGAAAGCUUGAUGCAGGGUACGGUGGAGGGAAUGGAUCCCAACCUGACAGAGGAAAAGACGGAUCCCAGUCCAAGCCAGGGAAAGGAGGAGUGGGUGUCAUAA